AUGGUUCAUCCCGUCAACCUUUGGAGACACGAUGUGCCACCAUUUGUCAUCUUAAUUUUGACAGUUGUAGCCGCACAGUGCAUCAUCGGUAUCAUUGCAAAUGGAAUCAUCAUGGUUGUGAAUAUGGUCCCUUGGGUUCAGAAAAGGUCAGCUUCCGUGAACACUAGGAUUCUGCUUUUCCUGAGUGUAUCCAGAAUAGGCUUCCAAAGCGUCACCUUGGUGGAAACGACCUUCUCCAUAUUCAGGGUUUCUUUGUACAGCAGUGUUUCCUAUAGCAUCUCCAAAGUAAGUUUCGUGUUCUUAAAUUACUGUGGCCUCUGGUUUGCUGCUUUGCUUAGUUUUUUCCACUUUGUGAAGAUUGCCAAUUUCUCUAACCCCUUGUUCCUCAAGCUAAAGUGGAGAAUUUCUGGAUUAAUGCCCUGGCUUCUGUGGCUCUCUGUGUUUAUUUCAUUCAGCUGCAGCAUGAUGUUCUCCAAGGACACCUACACCGUGUAUAGCAACAAUUCUCGAAGUUUCAACUUCUUCAACUACACAAUGAAAGUAUACCUCAUCGAGACUAAUGUGGUCAGCGUGACCUUUUUAUUCAGUUUGGGAAUCCUCCCUCCUCUGAUCAUGUCCACUGCAGCAACCGCUCUGCUGAUUUUCUCCCUCAGGAGACACACCCUGAACAUGAGAAAAGGUGACACUAGCUCCAGAGACCCCAGCAGAGAGUCUCAUCUGCGGGCCAUCAAGGAAACCGGCUGCUUUCUCUUCCUCUACAUUUCAAAUGCGGCUGCUCUGUUUGUGUACAUGUCCAACUUGGUGGAUGGCAGUUUUUUCUGGAGUAUGCUGCUUAAAGUCAUCCUGCCUUGUUACCCUGCUGGCCAUUCAGUUCUACUGAUUCACAACAACCCUGGAUUAAGAAGAGGCUGGAAGCAGCUUCAGUCCCAAAUCCAUCUCUACUUGCAAAGCAGAUUCUGA